AAACUCAUUUAUGCAUCAAUUCCUCCAAGAAAAUUCUUACCCUAAAGAGCUAAGAGAGUCCAUCAUUUCACUACCCAGAGAGGAAGGUUGGAUCGCUCCAUAUAUGUAUAACUACAAAGGGAUUUGGAUCCCUCCUCAUCACUUGUAUGGUGCUCUUAGAUGCCAACAACACUUCCAGGCUCAAGAUUCUGAUAUUAUACUCUGUACCCUCCCUAAAUGCGGCACCACUUGGUUGAAAGCUCUCGUAUUUGCCUUGACCACUCGAAAACAGUACUCCCACGAAACCCAAAGCCCUUUACUCACAACAAACCCUCAUGGCCUCAUCCCCCUCAUGGAAAAUAUAUAUUCAAGAGAAAACAGCCCAAAUUUCCCUUUGAAUAAUGGGGUAAGGCUGUUGUCUACUCAUUUACCACACGCCUUGUUACAAAAAUCGGUGGUGGAGUCGAAAUGCAAGCUGAUUUAUCUGUGCAGAAAUCAGAAAGACACGCUGGUAUCGCUUUGGCACUACGCAAAUAAGUCGAGGGGUGAGGUUCUAGGCCUGGGAGCUAUACCGUUUCCAGAGGCAUUCAACAAAUAUCGCAGGGGAGCAAGUGUGUAUGGGCCUUUUUGGGAUCAUAUGUUGGGAUACUGGAAGGAGAGCUUGGAGAAUCCUAGUAAGGUUUUGUUCUUGAAGUACGAGGAGAUUAAGGAAGAGCCGGAAGUUCAGUUGAGGCGAAUUGCAGCGUUCUUGGGGUGUCCAUUUUCUGAGGAGGAAGAUGAGGGUGGUGUAGCAGGUGGAAUUGUGAGGCUUUGUAGCUUUGAAAGCUUGAGCAACUUGGAGGUUAACAAGACUGGUAAGGGCCCUGUUAUUCCAAUUGGGAAUAAUACGUAUUUCAGGAAAGGUGAGGUUGGAGAUUGGAGGAACCAUCUAACAGAUGAAAUGGCCACCAGACUUGAUCAAAUUGUUGAAGAAAAGUUCAAAGGGACAGGGCUCAAGUUGUGAUGAGAUCACAUCACAAUUAAGCCUGUCUGAUCUUCUAAGAUCAUUGGGCCUUAUUACUAUUUUAGCAGUUCUGAAAUAAUUGGUAAUAUAUAAUAAUAUAAGGGUAAGCUCAUAAGAUCCACUAUUGUAUGUGUGUAAUGUGUUUAUAUCAUAUUAUGUAGUUCAAAAAAAUCGACUCUAAUAUGUAUGUGUGUGUUUGAGAAUGGUUGGUAAAAUCAAACCCAUAUUACUGAUAAAA